UGCCCGAAGGGGGUGGUGAGGCAGACAGGGAGCCGCACGGCGGAGGCGGGGCUUCGGUGGCUUCUGGUGCUCUGGGGUGAUCUCUGCCCGGCUGCGGGGAUGGCGGGAAGGGGGAAGCUCAUCGCAGUGAUCGGAGACGAGGACACGGUGACUGGUUUCCUGCUGGGCGGCAUAGGGGAGCUUAACAAGAAUCGCCACCCCAAUUUCCUGGUGGUGGAGAAGGAUACGACCAUCAAUGAGAUCGAAGACACUUUCCGCUCACUUGGAAGCCUUCUAGGCAGUGUUGUAGAAGCCGAGCCUAAUGAACAUGACCCUCCGCUUUGGGCUGAAAUUGAUUCUAGGCAGUUUCUACACCGGGACGACAUUGGCAUCAUCCUCAUCAACCAGUACAUUGCAGAGAUGGUGCGGCACGCCCUGGACGCCCACCAGCACUCCAUCCCAGCUGUCCUGGAGAUCCCCUCCAAGGAGCACCCGUAUGACGCCGCCAAGGACUCCAUCCUGCGCAGGGCCAGGGGCAUGUUCACUGCCGAAGACCUUCGCUAGGGGACUCCUCACAGCCCUCAGCCCUUCCCUCGUUUCCAGGCCUCUCCCCAGCCUUGCCAUCAGUCUCUUUACAUUUUGAGCCUCUGAUUUCCAAUUCCCGGCCCCUUCCCACUCCAUGAAGAGGCUAAGUGAGGCGCUUCUAGGUUGCUGGGGCUCUGCUGUAAAAUCAAGGCUGGUGAAAGAACAAGAGCCUGACCAUCUUCUGUCCACUACCUCUCCCCUGUGCUGUUACACAGUGUCGUUGUUGAUGUUAAAUUAAAGUCAUAUUCUUGCUUCUCUCCGAA